AUGGAAGGGAUCGGCGCCGGAGUGCCGCUGAUAACGUGGCCGUUGCUCGGAGACCAGUUUGUGAACGAGAAGCUGGCCGUCGAAGUGCUGGGGAUCGGGGUUAGUCUGGGAGUGGAGCAGCCGGUGAUGGUGGAUUGGGAGGAGGUGGAAGCGUCUGCGGCGGUGGUGAAGAGGGAGGAUGUGGUGAGGGUGGUGGAGAGAGUGGUGGGCGGCGGCGAGGAAGGUGAAGCGAUAUUGCCCGGAUGGCGCGGCGGGCGGUGGAGAGCGGCGGAUCUUCUUAUGAGAAUGUUACGAGGCUGA